CUGCUUUCCAUUCAUGGCAUUUGAGUAUUUAGCUCCUCACAUGAAUCUUAAUACAAUUGAAGGUGUUCUACUAUUCUCUGUCUUUGUCAUCAUUGGUUCUAAUAUAUUUAGUAACGUACCACUAGUGAUAUUGAUUGUUGGUCGUGUAUCUGACCUCUGUGAUGAUUGUGGACCAUUAGGUGGGUUACUCCUUGCCUGGAUUUCUACUAUAGCUGGUAAUUUCACUCUUAUUGGAAGUGUGGCUAAUCUCAUUGUUGCAGAAAAAGCACGAAGCUCAGCCGAGUAUCGUAUUUCAUUUCUUGGUUACUUCAUAUUUGGUUUUCCAUCUACACUGGUGAUAUUAUAUGCGUGCCUUCCAGUAGUCUAUUUUAUGGGAAAACUUGCUGCUAAAAUAUAAACAAUUAGUUAAAAGAGCUGUUUGAGUGGAUUGCUGAACUAUUAGUUAGGCUAAUUUUUUUAU